UGGGAAUCGUAGUCCUGCGCCGUUACUAUCUAUAAAUGGUCUAUUGGCAUGCGAACUGCGGACGAAACUACAGCAUUCAGCGCGCGCCGGAGUCAGCUGUCAGUCACGCUGACGUCAUGUGUGUUUGAGUCGCACCUCGGCGCGCAGGCUUGCUGUAGCGGGACGGACCCAUGAGGGGAGACCCUCGAUGCCGAGGGGUCUCGAAGUGUCACUGCGAUCAGUCCUAAAAUGGGGUGGAUCUUAAAUCAUAACUGCGAGAUGAAGACGUGAGAGCGUAUAUAGCCUGCGCACUGUAUCAUCCAGAGAGCGAAUCCAGAGAGCCGCGUCUUAGUGGGGUUUUUCUUUCCCCCUUUCACAUCUACACCAUUGAGCACCGAGCUGUGAGGCUGCCUCGGGCUGCGAGGCUGCUCGGCGGAGGCAAGCCGAGCUAUCUGCUGCUCGUCAUAAUCAUCACGAACAAGAUGAAGCGGCGGAAAACCGUGCUGGCGGCGGCGUUUUGCUUCUCCUUUUGUCUCGGCACGCUCAUGAACGUGCUCUUCGUGCCCGGCUUCGAGCCCCAGCACAGCCGCGACGCGGCGCGCCAGCGCUCCUUCACAGAAACGCAUUCAUCUCGGCUUCACAUCAGCGAGCACUUUGAGCCUGGAACCGCAUCGGCUCCGGAGUCCAGCAGCAGCACCACCACCAGCACCACCAGCACCAGCACCACUGCUACCACCAGCACCACUGCGGCGCUCAGCGAUCUUCGCUUACAGAUACGAGGAAGGCUUGGAGAGGUGCUCCGAUACCAGACUCGGGUCGAAGACGCCGCCGCACGACCGCUUGAACGCAGGAGGCUGAUGGAUCUGGAGCGGGCGAGCAGCUGGGAUCAGUACAGAGCUGCGGGGAGAAGCGACGGCGAUCACGCACGCGGUAACGGGGCCAGGCGGCGGGCUGCUGCAGGCGGGGCAGGCGGGGCAGGCGGGGCGCUCGGCUGCGGGGCUCUGGAGAGAGCCAGCAGUGUGCAGUUUGUGGGCUCGGGCUACACCAAAGCCGUGUACCGAGCAGAGCUGAACACCAGCUUCUCCGUGGCUCUCAAAUCCGUGGACCUCAGCGGCCACGACAUGGAGAGCUGCGUGAAAAGGUACAGCUCAGCCGAGGACUGUUACCGACUCGCUUCAUUCAAGAUCAUCAAGGAGAUGACACUGAUGGAGAGACUGCAACAUCCCAACAUCCUUAAGCUGUAUGGCUACUGCUACCAGGACAGCAAUGAUAUCAAGGACACGGUGACAGCUAUCACGGAGCUGGGCAGCCCUCUAGAGAUGAUCCAGUUGCUGCAGACACCCUGGGAAGAGCGGUUUAGAAUCUGCCUGAGUCUGGCACGUCUGCUACACUACCUGGCCCACUCGCCACUCGGCUCUCUCACCCUGCUGGACUUCAGGCCCAGGCAGUUUGUACUGGUGGAUGGAGAGCUAAAGGUGACCGACCUAGAUGAUGCCAGUGUGGAGGACACGCCAUGUUCAUCCUCUUCACCUACUGACUGCCUCCUAGAGUUCCCCGCUCGCAACUUUACCCUCCCGUGCAGCAGCGGCUACUGCCAGGGUAUUAAUGAGAAGAGGAAUCUAUACAAUGCUUACAGGUUCUUCUUCACCUACCUGCUUCCUCACAGUGCUCCCUCAGCCCUGAGGCCUCUCCUCGCCAACAUUGUCAACUCUACAGGGGAGCUUCUCUGGGACACAGAUGAGACUCUAGCUCACCUAGAGAAGGUGUUGGAGAUGUAUAGGAAUGGACAUUACCUUUUGAAUGAUACACAGAUACACAAAAUAAAAUAUAAACAGGUGGAAGAUGUGUCUAUACCAGGAGAGAACUACCGCUGCUGGCCAUCCUAUCAGCACGACAGAUGCAUGCUGUCUGUCUACAGUGUCGAUGAGGCCAUUGGUGUGUGUGAGAGCCAUGCCCAGUGCAGAGCCUUCAUCAUGACCAAUCAGAGCACUUGGACAGGCCACCAGCUUGUGCUCUUCAAGACGGGUUUGUCCACCAUGGCUCCAGAUAAAGGAAAGCUAACGUAUGUCCGGCUGGACAGCUGAGAGAGAGAAAGGAUGAGGAAGAGCUGUGGUCUCCUUGUGUUCUCACACUGCAAUCGUUAUGAGGAAGGUUGGGACGAGUCACCCUCAUGGCUCUCCAUCCCUCCAUUCAUUUUUUAAAAUUAUUUAUGCCAAAUUCAUGAGGACGCUGAACACACUGAGACCUAAUUAAGUGCAAUGGAGUGUAUUGUUUGUCUGAGCUUCCUCCUCUAUUUUGAAUGUUGAAAAUAAUUUCUAAGUUGGAGUUCUACCUGGACCUUCACAAGACAUCCUCAAUCACACUCAGACACACAGCCAUCAGGGAGCUAUUCUUCCUCUUUUUCAUUUCCCCAAACCACCUAUUCUUCUUCUUCCUCUGUCCUGCUUCCUGUGUUACUUUCUAUUUUAUGUCACAGCUGGUUUCACCUACAGGACUCAGGUAUAUCUAAUACAGCUCCUAUCUAUGCUGAAUCUCCUCCUCUCUCCUUUUCUUCUCUUAGAUCAUUAGCACUUUUUAAAAGUGAACACAGGGUGUUUAUUUUCAUUCUGACAUUUUACAGAGCUUUAAAUAUCCUCUUUCAUUCCAAAUCUUUCUAGUUUGUUCAUCUUAUGUGAAGGGAUGGUAAAACAUACAGCCAUAUUUUCAAACAAAUAUUUUGGUGGUGCAAGAACAAUGAUUAUGAACGUCCAGUUUACUGUAAAAUGAAGAAGCAGAGUUUAAAUGUAUUUUUCUGGAUAUGACAUUUUUGUUGUGUGUGUGCAUUGGCCAAGUGUCUUGAUCAGUUUGAAAAUGAAUUGCAGCUGUUGAUGUCUUAUGUGGAGGAGAUCCAAAUCCACACCUGCAGUCUGUGUGACUUGUUCAUUACAAGGUGAUUUUUCUCAACCUAUGAAUUUCCCAAGGAAAUGUGAAGCCAAACUUUUACUUGUCAUGUGAAGGAUUAAAUGAGUCUUUGCUUUCAGGGAAAGCAAUUAAAUGAAGCUGAAAUAGACAUGUACAUUGGUUUUGGUUUUCCUAACUAUGUAGUGUAUAUAAUGACAAUUGUGAUAAAAGCAAUAUUUUUGUAUAAAAAUAUAAAAGUCUUGAAGCUCAAGAUGGUGUCUUGGUUAUUUCUUCCACAGUAUUAGGGUUUGUGUUUCUUAAUCAGCUCUUCAGAUUGAAGAACAGAGUGAGAGAAAGUGUGCGUGUGUGAGAACAAACACAAUUUUACAAUCUUGGAAGAAUUUGGAAAGGGAAGGUUAGGGAGCUGGGAGGGCUGGCACGGGCGUGCCGUGCAUCUGGCCUGGCACAGGGUCACUGCCUCAAAAAACCUCAUAAAGACGUGGUGCUCUGCGGUGCCAAUCCAGACUGGAGCACUUCAGGAAAAGACACAGCUUUAAAAGAGAGACUAGUCAUGGAUGAUUAAGUGUGUGGAUGUCACUGUACAGUAUGCGGGUGUAUAUUCAUACUGUUCAGUUGGCUACUGUGUGUAUGUGUAGGACAGGCAAAAGAAAGAAAAAGUAAGUGAGGCCCUGCCUGAGGCUAUAUGACUGUGUUCUAGAGAAACGUUAUGUACAAUAACCUCCGACCCUUAAGGAAGCCUUAAGUUUCCCUUAAGGAAGCCAGAGGAGAAGGAAGGCUGCUCAUAAAGCAGUGUGCUUGCUUUCUUUUGUCUGAGGCCAUAGAGAUUUUUUUUUUUUUCGUCCAGCUUUCUAACAGUACAUAAAGACUAUAGUUAGAAACAACAGUUCUGUCUAUUUUGAGACACACACACAAUCUCAGCCCACAGAGCUAUACACACAGGAAAACAGGUAGGGCUGAACUCAACGUUGGUCCUUUGUCCUGCCAGCAAAGUCCUUUGACCUUCCGUCAUGGCUUUAACAGCAGCUGUGCUCCAUAUGUACGCCAUUUCUACUCAUACUCUUUCUCUCCUUUUUUCUUUCUCUCUCUCCUUCACACACACACACACACACACAUACACACAAUCAGUUCUAGACACACUAGUCUGUACAUUUACCAGAAUGCAUGUCUGAAAAGAACAUGAGAAAAAAAGAUGGUGAGAAGGUACCAUCUGUGUUUUAUUGUCCUGAGGGGAUUAGGACUUUUCCUGAGGUGCAGCCCCAGGUGCUGGGAGACAGAGAGAGAGAGAGAGAGAGAGAGAGAGAGAGAGAGAGAGAGAGAGAGAGAGAAAGGAAUAAAGGCAGCGAAGGCCAUGGGUCAGCCAUAAGGGUCUCUAAUGAGAGACAGACUCACAGCUAAGGAGUCACCUCAAACGAUUAACAAUUCUUCCCCUCUCUCUCUCUCUCUCUCUCUCUCUCUCACACACACCCACACACACACACACACACACACACACACACACACACACACUCACUCACUCACUCCCCACCUGCUUUAUGCUCCACUGCAUUUGCUUUUGUUUCGCUCAACCAGAGUAAUCACUGAGUGAACAUUAACCCAAGCUAGCAGUUUUUAUGUUAGCAUAACAUUUUAUUAAUGUUGUAAUUCUAGGAACUGGUUCCUAGAAUGUUCAAUCUGACAAGUUUACUGGAUGUUCUGAGAACAUUUUUACAUAGCACAUAUACUGUAAAUGUUCUGACAACCUUUUUAGUUGUAGGAAACAUAAAAUAAGCAUUCUAGCAUUCUAACAACAUUGUGAGGGAAACCAUUAAUAUUUAAUGGAAGUUUAACCAAGCUAACUUUGUUAGAACCCACAAAACCUGUCAAAUACUUUUUUUUAACGUCUCAUGAAAUUAAUCCACACCUUCAUCCUGGCAAAAAUGCCAGGAUCUUCGAAUACACUAAACCUGAAUAUGCAUUUUUGAAAUGUCCCCAUGGCCAUCUGCUAGUAAAAUUAAAUUGCUAGCUAGUUAACUGCUAAUAAACUAGGUCAUAUUUGUGACAGGUCAACACAAGUGGAACUUCAGUAUAAGAGCCAUAAUAUGUGUAAUAAAUAAACCACUAGAACCAUAAUCGUGUUCAUCACUUUUUAAUUAGUUAGUUUAUCCUGUUACUGCUCUGUGAUCCUAUAACUAAGUGCAUCUAUGAAGGGAUAGAUUCAAAGCUGUGGAAUCUAUUUUUGUGAUUUAACACUGAAAACCCUGAGUGCUUUCAUUUUAAGGCAUAAGGUCACUAUAGUCAGGCUAACAGGACUAUCUUAUUCUGCUGGUGUAAGAAUCCAAAUGCACAAACACACACACACACACACACACACACACACACACACACACACUAGAGGUGUAAGACAAUGUCACUACCUGUUUCAAUAUCUGUUUUGUGCUCCAAAUAUUCAGAUUUAAACCCGAAGUGGGCAUGGCCUAAAAAAGGUAGGUCUUUUUUAUUUUAUUUUUUUUAAGAGACACAGUCUAUACGCAAGAAUGUUUUUUUUUUUUUUUUAAUCCUGCUGCAGUAAUUAUUUUUUGUUUGUACCUGUCUAAUUUAGUUGGUUUAAUUUCCCAAAAUCUAAACAAACUAGUAGUCUGAUUUAAACCACCAAAACCCUGACCAGGCAGUUACUAAGGAUAAAUGAAUAAAUACAUGCACGUUAAUGCAAGUGAUCUUUCCUUGUCCCGCAAGCGUCUGACUGCUUUAUGGUAUGAAAGUAAAAUGUUCCCGCUGCCACGACUUUUUUGUUGCAUCCGGGAUCCUAUUGCACAACUCUACUCUCAAACAGAUGGCCCAUGAACCUUUCUAAUAGCAUGCCUCCUAUUUGUAUCUGUAUAUGUGUCUGUUUAGAACAAGUUAUCUAUUUAAAUAACAUAUUUGUAUUUGGUAACACCCCUAACACAGACACACACACACACACAUAAAAGACCACUGGCUUACCAGAGAACUUGAUUACCAGCUCUGAGAAAUCUACAAAUUAAAGAUAAAUAAGUAAGCCUCCACAAACACACACACAAACAAACACACACACACACACACACACACAGAGAUUAACUCUGUCACAUACUCUUGUGCCAGUCUCUGUUGGUUUUCAACUACUCAACACACACUCCACACAGGCCUCACUUAUCUUCAGCACUGGAGCAUAGCAGGCCUGCUCGACUGUGUUGGCACCUACAGCAGCAUUCCAGCAGAUCCUCCCCACCAAUGAAUGCAGUGCUGUAGAGGAGGAGCUCACAUGGGUAAGAUACAACCAAGAACAUCUGUGGUAAGGAAAAAAGGCAAGUAAAUGUUUUGUAUGUCAGCAUUCAUUAUUAUUUAUGAAGUGCAGAGUUUUACUCAGAUGUAAGGGUUUAAAUUUGAGCCGUUGUUACUGCUGAGAGGAGACAUGACAUUGAAAUGGGUCAGGCUGACGAGAGCGGGGCAUCAGAGCACAAGAGAGAAAGGGAGAGAGCUUUUCACAAUGAGCUCCUGUUAACUGAGGACACAAAGAAGUUUGAAGGGUGAGCUCUGACAGCACUACACCAACACACACAUGUUGUAUAGUACAAUCACAUACAUAUAUACAUACACACUGAAAGAGUGGGCAUUUUAGGCUAAAAGUCUUUUCCCUUUGAUCAUAUUCUGUCUGUACCCAGAAGGCACCAGGCUGAAUAGGCUACAGAAUGUAUAGCACAGAGAGUGUGAAGCUGAGAAGAAUGGUGGCUCAGAUCCAUCUCUCAUUCUCUGUUUCGCUCUUUCUCUCUCCCUUACUUUCCAUCACUAUCUCUAUCUCAGAGGUUGUCCAGAGGUCAGCUGGCUUGCUACCAGAUCCUCUGGACUCUUUCUCUCCUCCUGGAGAAGAUAGAGAAAAAGGAGACAAACAGAAAGAAAGAGAGAGAGAAUUAGAGCGAGACAUUGAGGAAGGAAAUCAAAGAAAGAUGCAAAUACAACUCACUGAAUUCGACAGUGUUCAUUAUGAAUGGGAAUAACACAUUAGAGCAAAUCCUGGACACCUACUAGCUAUGGAAAUGCUACUGACCCCACCCCUUCUACCAUUGUAUGAUAAUUCAGGUUGGUGAAACUUCUUUGGUGCUGCUUAGCUGUAGCUAUGAUUCCUUCCAUCCUUCUAAUUUUCAUAAUUGUGCAAGUUGUCAUGGUUUCUCCCUUUGCAUUAAGGUUCCCAUAGUGAUUUUGUUUGUUUUCUGUCCUAGUCCUGUCUCUGCUCCUGUCCUGUCAUUGACUUGUUGGCUGAUUGUGUUCACCAGAUUAAUGUUAGUCCUUGAUUCAUUUGUCUUUUUUUUAUCCUCUAUGUCAUUGUUUGUUGUGAGGUAUCAUGCUCUUAUAUAGGUAAGUCUGAGGCUUGUUUUAUUGUAUCCUUGUUUGUUCUGGUUUUUAACUCUUGCCUGUGUUUUGACAUUGAUUAUACCUGUAGAUUUAUUAGAUUUGCCUGCCUGUCUGUGUGUUGACCCCUGCUAUUGAAUUUGAUUAUGAUUCUUGGAUUUGCCAAAGUAAGGUAUAUACUGAGUUUAUGCACUUGUGUCCUGUUCAAGUUUUUUUUUUGUCAUGUGCAUAAAGAGUGCUGUAAGCAUCUAUAUACAAUGAAAUUCUUGUGCGACAGUGCAUGCUUCUACAAACAAGCAGUGCAAAUAUGAUAAGUAAACUCUUACAAACUAGUACAAAAAAAAAACAAACUGUAAACACUGAACACAAACAAAUUUUAAAUGUACUCAACUAGUAAAAAUAAUAAUAAACUGUAAACAUUGUAAAUAUUGCAUGCAGUCAAAAAGUGGCACAGUGGGGGACACAUUCUCACACAAAUGUCAACAGAAUAUAUUCUUCUAUAACAUUAUCUGAAGUAAUUCCAAAAUAUUUGGUCACACAGUUAGCUAGCUAUCCAGAUGAAAUUUGUCACCAUUAGGCAUUAUGCUUAUUAGCCUAUUUCAAGUGAAUGGAUGAAAUUUACUAACCUUGAUCAGCAAUGUCUUCUGUUUUUUUAGCUAAUUACAUUAAGCACUAAUGAUAGAAACAUAUCAAUCCAUGUCAUGUAAUAACAUUUUCAUCAAAUCAUUAUUGAGAGGUCUAUAAUUACAGUGAAUAGAACUAUAAAUAUUCCCACAUUGUUGCACCUAUGGAAGACACAAAGGUCCCAAGCCUCAUAAAUCUUAAUUUAACUCCUUCCCAUGAACUACAAUGCUCAGUUAUUAUAUCAAAUAUGUUUCAAUGGAAAAAAAGUAAUUUAAUGUAAUUUAAUGUAUUUUUCAACCCAGUCAAAUUAGACUAAAAUGCUGAGAAUAGAAUUGUACGUGACAGAUCAGAGAGCAAAUCAGUGAAAUAGUCAGACAGAACAUAAAGCAAAUAAAGGAAUGCACACAGUUUCCUCUUCACAAAAGGAACCAGCAUUGUGUUGAGGCUGUUCAUAACAAAGGAGUGCUUGUUUGUUGAACACCAGCAUGGAUGUGUGCUGAGCAAUGCUCAAAAGAGCUUUUAUUUCCUCUCUCUUAUUCAUCCCUGUGUGCUGUCACUUUUGUUGUGUGAAAAGCAAAUGCUCACUCAUAUCACAGUCAGCCCUGGAAUGAGAUUGGAAAACCCCAAAUCUUGUGUGGCACGAAAGAGCUGGGCGCUAGUUCUGAUACGGGCGAAUGAUUCUUCACAAGAACCUAAUCAGUACAGGAUCAAGGCGUGGGUGGCACAGGACUGUACCCAGAGCCUAUGGCCAUGCCACCCAGAGAGAGGUUAUCUGAGUUGCCAGGAAACUGGGAAAAGCUUAUCAGGUUGGGAAGAAUUUAUGUUCUUAAAAACCAAGCUGCAAAAGAUUGCAAAAGUAUUGAUUCAUCCCUUAUUAUUAAUAUUAUUAUUAUUAUUAUUAUUAUUAUUUAUAAUAAUAAUAAUAAUAAUAAUAAUAAUAAUAAUAAUAAUAAUAAUAAUAAGGGAUGAAUCAAUACCUUAUUUCACAAUUAAUGAUGGCAAUCAAAACAAAGCAUAUAAAAAGUCUACACACCCCUGUUAAAAUGGCAGGUCUUGUGAUGUAAAAAAUGAAACCAAGAUAAAUCAUGUCUGAACUUUUUCUGCCAUCAGUGUGAAAUUACAAUGUAUAAAAAAUAAGUGAAAAACAAUCAGAAACAUUUUAGAGAAAUUAUUAUUAUUAGAAAAAUAAAAAGUUACAAUAACCUGGUUGCAUAAGUGUGCACAAACUUUUAGAAUUGGGGAUGUGGCUGUGUUCAGAAUGAACCAAUCACAUUCAAUCUCACAUUCAAAAGUAAUUCUCAUACAGCUGUCAUCAAUGAAAUUAUUCUGAUUAACCCCAAGUUAAGAUCAGCUGUUUCUGCAGAAUUUUCUUGAUAUCUCCCUUGGUUUCACCAGACUGCUGAAGCCAUGGUUUGCAAAGAGCUUAAAAACAUGUACAGUAUUUCACUUGUUGAAAGGUAUCAAUAAGAAAAGAAUAAAAAAGAAUUUCUAAAACAUUAGAAUUUCUAAAACAUUAGAUAUACCAUGGAACACUGUGAACACCAUCAUCAACAAGUGGAGAAAAUGAAGCAGUGACGUUACCAAGAACAGGACAUCCCUCCAAAAUUUACAAAAGGACAAGACAAAAACUUACCAGGGAGGCUGCCACUAGACCUACCACAACAUUAAAGGAGCUGAAGGAAUAUCUUACAAAUACUGAUUACUCUCUGCAUGUGACAACAAUCUCUCGUAUUCUUCACAUGUCUGGGCUAUGGAGUAGGGUGGCUAGAUGGAAACCAAAAAAAUCAAACACAGGUGAGAAGAAUAAUGCAUCAACCCGCCUCCUCUGCGUCCACAGCUGAUGCGCAACCACACCUCCACUGCCACAUUCCCCCACUGCCCGACCUAGCCUAAGGAGCCAUCCGGCCUGCAGCUGACUGCCCCCCCUUCCCCCGGCAGGAGAGUUAAUAUGCCACCAACUGUGCCCUCAGUCUGUGGACCACCUCGAACUUGAAUGGCUGAAGUGCCAGAUACCAAGGAGUGAAAAAACGGCCCCCAGCCCUCUGUCCUACACAUCAGUCUGCAGAAGAAAAGGGAGAGAAAAGUCAGGUGAAUACAACAGCAGGCCCCCCCCACACAAAAUCGCUUUUACCUGGCAGAAAGCCUGCUAGCAUUGCACCAUCCACUGGAACCCCCUUUUUAGUGAGGUCAGUCAGCGGGCUGGUGAAGUCCAAAAAAUUAGGUACAAACCUUCUAUAAUAGCCAGCCAGCCCCAGGAACUGCCUCACCUCCUUUUUGGUCUUGGGUCUCGGGCAGGCCGCAAUCACUGCUGUCUUAUCAAUUUGGGGACACACCAGCCCAUGGCCCAAAUGGAAGCCCAAAUACUGUACCUCCACCUGUCCAAUUGCACACUUCUUUGGGUUCGCUGUGAGUCCCGCCCAUGUCAAGGAUCUCAGGACAGCCCUAAGAUGUUGCAAAUGGCAUAUGCAUUGUGCGGGCAGAAGAUUCUGUCCUGAAGACGGCAAAACGUUGCAGGAGCUCGGAACAACCUAAACAGUAGUAUGACAAACUGGUGUAACCAAAACAGUGUGGAAAAGGCAGUGUUUUUGUGAGAUAUUGUACUCAAGGGAAUACCUUGCCAGUACCUUGUGGUUAAAUCCAGUGUUGAAUAAAAGCAAGCCACACCUAAUCGAUCAAGCGGUUCAUCAGUGCAAGACAACAGAUACACGCCAAAUUUAGACACUGUGUUUACUUGGCCUUGGGCAUCAAGACCACCAGGCUGCUCCAAUCACUGUGGGACUCCUCGAUUAUCCCAUGUCAAGCAUAGCCUUGAGUUCAUCCCAAACCACGUUUUUCUUUUGUUCAGGAAACCCGUAUGGGCUGCUGCAUACAACCACACCUGGAGGAGUCUCAAUGUGGUGUUCUAUGAGGUCAGUGCGACCGGGUUUCGGAAACAUUUCGGAAAAUUCCUCCUGCAACCUGGCAACCUGUGCUCUCUGGGACAGUGAGAGGUGGUCUCUACAGGAGACCAGGGUGAAUUGGGCCACACUUUUGAGACUUACCUCUGGUCCCAGAUCCUCCCUCUUGGGAACCAGCAUUGGCAGAGCCACACGAACCACCCCUCAGCAUGAAGUGCAUCGCCUCUAUCCAUUUGUCUAUCUCUAUCCACUUGUUCGACUUCUCCAAUUCGCCAUGUGACCUCAAAGGGUCCUUGCCACUUCCCAAGUAAUUUAGAGCUCAAAGUGGGUAGAAAAACGAACACUUUAUCCUUGUGCAAAUUCCCAUAUCCGAGUACCCCUGUUACACAGCCUGGAUUGAUGUUCUUGUGCCUGUAGCAAAUUCUACUGUGUUAAUUGUCCUAAUGUGUGGAGUUUUGCUCUCAGGUCAAGGACAUACUGAAUUUAAUUUUUACUAUUAGAAAGUCCCUCCUCCCAAUUUUCUCUAAUGACAUUUAAGAUGCCACGAGGCUUGUACCCGUACAGUAUUUAGAAUGGGGAAAACUCCAUGGAGGCUUGCGGGACCUCUCGUACUGCAAAUAACAGGGGCUCAAGCCACUUAUCCCAAUAUUGCGCAUCAUCAUGAAUGAACUUACGAAUCAUAUUUUUAAGUGUUUAAUUAAAGCAUUUGACCAGCUAAUCCGUCUGCUGAUGAUAAACACUGGUGUGAAUCAGUUUAAUCCCCAACAAUCUGUAAAGCUUGCAUAGUGUCUGUGAAAUGAACAUAGUGCCCUGGUCAGUCAAUCCUGACUCAGGAGAUAAUAUGGACGAGCCCCUCCAAAGCACUGCAUGCUGAGAUGUUGCACAGAGGAACUGCUUCUGGGUAUCUCAUUGCAUAAUCCACCAGGACUAACACAAAGCGAUAUCCUUGCAUGCACCUUUCUAAUGGCCCGAAGAGGUCCAUGCCAAUUCUUUCAAAGGGGACCUCGAUUAAUGGUAAUGGGUGCAGUGGCACUUUUGGGGUGCUGGGUGGAUUCACCAGCUGACAUUGGUGACAUGCUGCACACCACCUAUGAACAUCGCCAUGAAUGCCCGGCCAAUAAAAACAAUACAAUAGAUGGUUUAGUGUCUUAUCCUGCACCAAAUGCCCAGCCAUGGGAUUAUGAUGAGCCGCAUGGAACAGAAAUUCCCUACGGCUUUUUGAAACCUACAACUGGGUCCUCUCUUCCUUAGUUUGAGUGUCCUGAUAUAAUUUAAUUAUAUAAUAUAUAUAUAUGAUAUAUAAUUAUAAUAUAUAUUGAGUGUCAUUUGAUAUAACCUAUCUUUAAUAAUUGUGAAGUAGGGGAAGGAGAGCACAAUGUUGGGCUGAACUCGCUGACCAUCAAUUACUAUCACUUGGUUGACGGCGUGCCUCAGGGUUUCGUUGCAUGUCUGCUCAAGAGGGAAAUGCCAGAGGAGAAUUCCUCUGAAAGAUGGGGAGGCAGAGCCCUCCUCACCCUCUGUGUCUUCAUGAAACAGAGCUGACUUUGAUGGCCCAGGCAAGGCCUCCCCAGAUAACUCUGGGCACAUCCCACACUGUGCCUCACUACUGCAGGACCCAUCCACAAACAUUUCCAUCACCAAUAUCUGAAAACCUGGCCAAUUUGUCCCCAGAAUUAGUGGAUGGGUGAGGCGAGGACUAACCGCCGCCUCCACUCUAUGCUUUUGGCCCCGGAUUUAAAUAUUUUGAUAUUUCUGAAUGUUCCCAUACACACACCUCAUCUUCACCACUUGCUCAUUUUCCAAUGCCCUGCAUUGAAUCAGGCUUUUAUGGAUGGUGGUCUGGUUGCACCCUGAUUCCAUCAAGGCCUGGUGUGUACUCCCUUGUACACUCACUGACAUGUGGUACAGUCUUGCUUGAUCGGGGGAGGCUUGCGGCACGUCAGGGAUCAGUAUUCCCGCUUCCCUGAGGGAUCGCUGAUCAUGGAAAUGCCUGGCUUUCCCGCCAAACCUGCCUAGGCUUUGCCUCGGUUCUGGUGGGCGCGGAAGGUUCUACCUGUGUGGAGAGAGUGGGAGUUAGGGGAGUCAUUAGAGGUGAGGGAGCAGAAAAGGAGGGAGGGAUAGGUAAACCCUGGGACCGGGGAGCUGGUUUCAGGGGAAUUGGGCCCUGUUUCCAAGUUGUGGGGAAUUGAGGGAAAGUGGUGAGAAAGGGGGGAGAACAAGAAAGAGAGAGAGAGAUGGAGGGAGAAAAGAAGGGCUUGCAUCCCCAUGGAUACGCUGCCAAAUGGUCCUCUACCAGCUGGAUUGCCUCAUCUAGUGAUACCAGAUGGUGGCACUGGACCCACUCCUCCAUCCCUUGCUUUAGUCAGGUGAUAAACUGCUCCAGCACUACUAGUUUUACCACAUCCUCAGCACUGUGCUCCUCUGUCAGCAGCCAUCUGUGUCUCGGAGCUGCUGAGUGAAUAUGAACGGGCAGCCGAGCUCAUGGAGAGUCAGAGAUUGGAAGCACUGAUGGUGCUGUUCAGGGGUGUGGCAGACCCAUUGCAAGAUGGCCCUCUUUAGGUCCGGGUACUCCAGCAGUUGCAUGACCAGGAGCUGUUGGGCCAUGAGCUGGGCUUCACCCAACAGUAGCGGGUGCAGGAGGACCACCCAAUGGGGCUCUGGCCAGCCCGACGCUUCUGUGGCACACUCAACAAGCUCAACGAAUGUCUCUGUCGCCAGGGCUGCUGCUUGGGUAUCCACUGAUUGGACCAGGCUCCGUAGCACCUGCCAAUCCGUUGCCUGAGCUUAGAGAAGGGUCCACAAGCACUGGUCCUGCUCUGUAUGCAGCUCAAGGAUGGCCUGGUAUUGUGCCUGUUGGAUACCGGUGAGGAUCUUCAUGAUCUUCGCGAGUGGAGAAGACUCCAUGACGGCGAAUCUUCCUCAAAUCACAGGUCUUGGCACCAGUGUAACAAGUCCUUUUCAGAUCAGAAGGAAAUGAGGAAAAGGGAGGCAGGUUUGAGACAACUCAGAAGGGUUUUUUAUUUUCCCACAUUUUCUUUCCUUUCAAUUUUCAGUGGUUUUAUCUCACACACGUGUGUACACACGGCUCUGUGCUGCUCAGCUCUCUCUCUUGCCUGUUGCAGGGGUCUCCAGAAGGCACAAAGAGACAUACAUAAAUAAACUUGGGCUAAUCACACACAGGUGAGAAUCAUCAUGCAUCACCUGCCGGUCUGGCCCGCCUCCGCUUUGUCCACACCUGAUGCUUGACUACAACCCCGCCACCACAAAGGUCUAUAUUCAGGUUGCAUGUUUAUAUGCGUACAGACCGAUCUACACAUUCAGGAUGCUGGCAUUGGUUAUAGAGUAUGCUUAGUUAUUAGUUUUAUUGCUACUUUCUCACACUAAUUUGAUUAGGACUCUAACACUUCUCUACCUCAAAAGUGCCCGACAACACCGCCUCUAAUCUGUUAAGCUAAGCAUCUGUGGUUUGUGUGUGUGAUUGUGCCCUGCGAUGGACUGGCACCCCGUCCAGGGCGUUCCCCACUUUACAUCUAGUCUGUUGUAUUAGCACCCUCUUCAUGACAGUUUGGCAAAAACUGCUAUGCAAAAGCAAAAGCUAUGCACCUACCAUGGAGGGGUAUGGAUCAGAUUUCCUCACCUUGAAAUAACAUUAUAUAAUCCUGUGUAACAAUGUUAGUUACAAACUGAGGGACAUUUAUAGAGGAAUCUAAGGUGCAACAGGUGAGUGUAAUUAUUAAACAUAAGCAUUCACUUGGCUUGGCUGUGGGGGCUUGGCUGAGAGGGGGUGUGGUUGUCAGUGGGUGUGGAUUUUUGACAUGAAGCUUCUAAGUAUAUUAAUCAUAUCAGCAUCAGUAUCAUUAUUGGUGAGUACCUAAAAACAUGUACUCGUUCACAUAUUCACUCUCAAAAAAUUGAUGCAAUUAUUCAAAUGAAGACUGAGGGUCCCUGGAGGGCUAGUGGUUAGGCCACAGUGCUCUCACCACUGCGGCCCGGGUUUGAUUCCCAGCCAGGGAACCAACCCCAGCCACUGCAACGGUGUGCUCUCAGUGCCGGUCCCAAGCCCGGAUAAAAUUGGGGAGGGCUGCUUCAGGAAGGGCAUCUGGAGUAAAAACUGUGCCAAAUCAAAUACAUGGACCAAUGAUCCGCGGUGGCGACCCCUAACGGGAGCAGCCGAAAGAGGAACAACAACAACAUUCAAAUGAAGACUGAAGACCUCCUCACCAAGCACUUAAAUGAGCACUAAUUAAAAAAUAACAACACCAGCAUAAGGAUAUGGUUUCGAUCAAGACUACAAUGCAACUCUGUAAAUCACUCUGGAUAAGGACGCCUGCUGUAAAUGUAAAUAAUAGUGUUGCCUCAAUGUCUCACACUCAGCUACCUAUUGUACUUGUGAAUUGGGAUUAUGCCAAAUCUCCACACAUACUCACACCAGCAUGGUUAUGUGACUAGGUUCAUUAGAGGCCACAGCUUUAUUGCAAAGACCCAGCUGUCGUGUCUACACCUUCAGAAAAAAAUUUAGAGAUUGAAAUCUUACUUCCCUACAAUCUGCCUCCACACUCCCAGUUUCUCUCUGUGUGGAUGCAAGCCAAUAUAAAGCGCUAGUGAAACUUCCUCAAUACAUCACAUACAUGGUUUAUUUAAGGAAGACAUAUAGCUUUUCAGAGGCUACUGCUGUUGCAUAUAACUGGAUGUUUCUCUUCUUCUUCCACAUUGUAGCACUCUGGCCUGAAGCCUAUGUGUGUGUGUGUGUGUGUGUGUGUGAGACUAGAGAUGUGUGUGUGGGGAUGGGCUCAAACAGCUUGUCUGAACUCUUAUCAAUGCAGGCACGAACAUGUGUUACAUGUGUUCUUUACAAACUCAGACAAGCAAAGAACUUCAUUCUGAGAAUCUUUACUGAUAACCCUGUGUUUCUCUCUCUCUCUCAUGCUCACUUCAUCUUUGUGGACACAACCUUGUGACUUGCUUAUCUUGCCAUAUUUAUCAGAGGAAUGUGAGUUCGCAGGAAUAGGGCACCUGGAGGUCAGAGGUCCUGAAGCUGUAUAGCCGUCUGCUUAGUGCUAAUUGACCCUUCUCGGAUCUCCUCUUAUCUCCAGCUCUUAAGAGUGGGAACACUGACUCACAACAAGGUCACUUCCUACUCAAGAAGCUGUUCCAUGGACAUUUUUUACCUGAGUGUGAAAAGCAGUGUGUAAUGUAUUCAUCGUAUAUGCGUAUAUUUGUAUAUGCAGACAUCUCUACAGAAUGUAAAUUUUACUGUAAGCUCUUACAAAUGACUUUACCAACUUAUGCUCCUUUACCUUUCCAUGCUUGCUAUCCUGCUAUUGCAUGGGAAAUUUUUUUUUAAUGAUUAAGAGUGAGAGUUUCAUUGGUGUUUAGAAGGUUAAGAUGAUAGGUAACAUUGUGUAUGUUGCAUAAUGUAGUAGCUUGGUAACUAACCACCACUGCAGGUAUGUUUUUAUAUGCAUUUUAAUGCACACUACAAUACUACUAUGUGGUCUAAGAGUUUAAGGAUCUAAAAUGCAAUUAAUAAUGUAUGUGGACAGAAGUGUAGUUAUUGCUCUGCCUCUAGGCUGUUUUAUUGCAGUGUGAAGGCCCUCACCUGGGGAGCAGGCAGCAUUGCAUCACCACAGUUGCUACAGGUCUAGACGUAAGCCAUCGUUCUCAUCCAUCAGCACAAUGAUAAGUCUUGAUUCAGCCAGGUGCUUCAUCCACAAAGCCAUGCCGCUGCUUUGUGCCAAGCUGCACUGCCUUGGUUUUAGGUUAUAGAGUUCAUUAGUUUCCAAGACAUCACAGGUGUUUUGAACACGCACACACGCACACACAACACACACACACACACACACACACACACACAAUUUAAACACCCUUAUUGGUGUUUGCUUACAGUUCAGUGUUUAUACAGUUUCAUGUUUAGUAGAAUCUUCUAGCAACUGCAAGUUAAUUUCCACUUUCAGAAACUUAACAAUUAAACCAUUAAUUAAACCAUGAAUUAAAUCCAUUAAUCCCAGCAGUUACUGUUUGAACAGACUCUCAGAGUUAUCCACCUGCAGCAGUGGGCUGUUUCCCAUGGCCUGCAGCAGACAAGCUUAUCUGUCCUCUACCAUCUGAAUGGAGCUGAGGGGUCUGUGUUUGCGUAAGGCCAGAGGACAAAGAGGGGGUCGGGACGCUCAAGCAGGUCGGCGUUUGAUCAUCCCAUCAUGCCUUCUCAUGCAUGAGGGAGCCGCUCUGGCACCAGAAAAAGGCCGCUCUUCAUUUUGGUUCAGCGAACAGCAGCCUUUCUGCAGUCAGAACGAGUAGUCUGCAAAGCCUGAGAGCAAUUACAGCAGAAGGACUUAAAUAACAAAAUAGACUAUGCACCGUGGAGCUCAGACCAUGACUCUGCCUUGAAGCAAUAAAGGAAACUGAAUAGUCUAUAACUUCA